AUGUCAAACCUCAAUCUUUCCAACUCCUUAAUUACUGCCAACUGGGAUCUCCAUUUUACUGCUAAAAAUCCCAACAAAAAGAUGACUCUAUACUACGACGAGAUUGCGGCGGCGAUUUUUUACGAUUCGUUGUCGGUUGCUGAUACUACGGUUCCACCUUUCUUUAUGGAUAAGGGAAAUGAGACAGCCCAGAAAAUUAGCUUUGUUGCAUCGGGGGCUUAUGUGGAGAAAUGGGCUUUUGAUGGUAUGAAUAAAGAGAAGGCCCAAAGUGGGAGUAUUGGGUUUAAUGUGAGGAUGGUGGCUAGGGUUGGAUUUAAAGCUGGAGCUUGGAGAGCGAGGAGGAGGUAUUUGAGGGUUUAUUGUGGGGUUUUGUCUGUUGGGGUUGGGGCAAAUAAGUCUUCUGGGAAUUUGCUUGGAGGCCCGAGGCAGUGUCGGGUUGGGCUGUGA